GGGUUCCUUUCCUGAUUUUCUUCAAUUCUUUAGUUGUGGUGUUCUGUUCUCUCCCUUCACCAAUAAAUCCCAUCUGCACCUCUCAUCUCCGGCCUCGAUAACCCCCCCUUCCCUUCUUCGAUUCUACAGCACCGGUUUUCAACCUCUUCUAUACCUUCCAAAACCACCGUCAUCUCCACCGCACCACAGCACAAACCACCGCCAGAAGAAGCUGCUGUACCGCCAUUACUCUUGAUUCAAAAUAAUUAGUUCUAAUUCAAGUGGUAAAUCAAAUGGGAAGAGUAAACUAUUAGCUUUGAUGAAAAGGGGAUGCUCAUAUCCUGAAGGUCAGAGAUAAAGAAAUUCAUGCAACGAAUGACACUACAUCCUUUCCAAGUUGCAUAAUUUGAGACGUGGAAGAACGCUGAAGAUUAGAAAUAUAUCAGAGCUGGCUCCAACUCUUCAUUUUUCAGUUAAUUUACUAAGGGCAGAUGUCAGAACUGCCCAAGUUAUUGGGAAAAUGGGCCCUCUGCUGAAAAAGGAGAUGGAAGUGUCAUGCAAGAUGACGAAGAAGACAAUGCAUGAUCUAGAGAGCCAUAAUUUUCCUGUUUAUAAACAAACUGAGGAAGGGUAUCCGUCUUGUUUAAAGAAAAUAGGUUAUUGCUCAACUCAUCCUCUUUCAAAGGAGAAGUGUAAGCAGUCAAAUGGUACCCUCCAUGGACUUGAACCAGCUAAAGAAAGGUUUUUGAAAACAUCACAAGCUUUUGCUUCCAAGGAGUUGACGCUUUUGCCAUCCUCAGAUUCAAAGCUGGACCAAAAAGCUCCAGAAGAUUAUUGUGAAGAUGGUUUCGUUGCUCUUGGAGCACCUGUUGAAAUUUCAGAGAACAGACAUGUGGAUAUAGAACCGUUAUUAAUGAGGUCUGAAAGUAAGACUUCCAAUUCUAAAAGAGAUUCUUGUAAUGAGUCAACGGUCAUGUUAGAGGAUGCGAUAACCAUUUCAGGAGCUGGAUCUCUCUCUCAGAAACAUGAAAGGCAGCCAUCAUUGCUUGAAACCCUCAAUGAACAUGAACUUUCAUUAUCGAAUCUGAGUGUCAAUGAUCCUUUCUCUCUUGCCAAUGUCAGUCGAAACAGUAGCCUUUUGCACUUAUUUAACUAUUUUCCACAAAAAGCUCCUACUGUUAGCUCAAGAAAGAAACUUCUUAUUCUUGAUAUCAAUGGCAUAUUGGCCGAUAUAGUUUAUCCUCCUCCUAAGGGGUACAAGGCAGACACUAAAAUUGCAGGACGGGCAGUUUUCACUCGACCCUUCUGCUCUGACUUCUUGAAAUUUUGCCUUGAGAGAUUUAAUGUGGCAAUCUGGUCAUCAAGAUCAAGAAAAAUUAUUGACAGAUUAGUUAACUACUUGAUGGGAGAUAUGAAGGACCAAUUGACUUUUUGCUGGGAUCUAUCGUAUUGUACUGGGUCAAACUUCAGAACCUUGGAGAAUAAACAUAAGGCUUUGGUUUUUAAAGAGCUUAGAAAAGUCUGGGAGAGUUAUGAUGACCCAGACCUUCCAUGGAAGAAAGGUGAAUUCGAUGAAUCAAAUACGUUAUUGCUAGAUGAUACUCCCUACAAGGCAUUGCUUAAUCCUCCUCAUACUGCAAUCUUUCCAUACUCGUAUGACUACAAAUAUCGUGCAGAUGAUGCAAUUGGUCCAGGAGGGAAUAUUCGAGAAUAUCUAGAAGAACUAGCAAUGGUAGACAAUGUACAGGAGUAUAUAGAGCAACAUCCGUUUGGUCAGAGCGCUAUCACUGAGAGAAGCUUGUCCUGGCAAUUCUACGACAAAGUUAUCAAGGGACAAAGUGCAGUGACAGCCGGGGGUUAACCUGUUUUAUCUUUCUGUUGUUCAAUAUUGAAAUUGAACAUUAAUGUAAUAUCUCACACCCCAAUCAAGUUUUUUUUUUGGGGAGUUUUGCUCUUGUCUUGCUACAAAAUUUCAUUAAUGCACAAGAAUGAGCCUGAAGGUCUAGCUUUUUCUGGCAA